UCCCAUACUAAUGGUCUUUGGGACUGGGGUUACAAAAGGAACAGAAUUGAAAACUGAAGGAAAAGGAAGAGUAGGGUCCAGGUUACAGCUAGAUUAGGAACGAUAAACAGUGAACUAGAAGAGGUGCUAGUAAAGGAAAACAACUUGAGAGAAGGCACUCUUUUUAGCGCUGGAGAGCCCACCUUUGAAUGUCUGAAGUCGGAAGAUUGGGAACAAAAAUUUUUUGUUUAUUUUCCUAUCAGCUGUUGGAGAGAAGGGACAGUGGGAAAAGCCAGCUGCCAGCUUUUUCAGGAGUCAACUGCAGUUUCAAAAGCUUCAGACCAGACCUUCAGGUUUGAUUGAAAACUGUCCCGUAGAAACUUCUUGAGUUUGGGAUCCCAACAAUGGCCCAGAUAAUAGUCCACCCAAAAAUAGCUCUUACUGAUGAACCACUAUCUAUCCGAGUGACCGGCCUGCUCCCUAACCAGAUGGUAGUGCUGCAGGCAAAAUUGACGAGCGAAAAAGGAGAGAUCUUUUAUUCUCAAGUGUUCUAUAAGGCUGAUGAAAGUGGAGAGAUAGACCUGCAGCACGCAGCAGCGCUCGGAGGGGACUAUGUGGGCGUUCAUCCUAUGGGCCUCUUCUGGUCCCUGAAACCGAAGAAGAUUGCAUCUAGGCUACUGAAACAGGAUGUGAUAAACAGUCCGUUCCUAGUUCAGCUAUCAGUACAUGAUUCAAACAUCAUUUUCCAUGAAUCACCUGGAUCUCUUAAGGCCAGUGAGACUGUGGAGAGAUGGUACUCAGUACCUGGAGUACAAAGAAUCCAGAUAAAGGAAGGUCGAAUUAGAGGAAUUCUCUUUCUCCCGCCAGGGGAAGGCCCUUUCCCUGGAGUAAUUGAUUUAUAUGGUCACAUUGGUGGACUGAUUGAGUUUCGGGCCAGUCUCUUGGCCAGUCGAGGCUUUGCUACAUUGGCCUUAGCUUACUUUGCCUACGAAGAUCUGCCCAAAACCGCAGAGGUCGUGGACAUCGAAUACUUUGAAGAAGCUGCUAAUUUUCUCCUAAGACAUCCCAAGGUGCUUGGUCCCAGCAUCGGGAUCGUUUCAAUAAGCCAAGGGGCCCAGGUCGGAUUGGCAAUGGCAGUAUUCCUGAAGCAGGUGGCAGCCAUAGUUUGCAUCAAUGGUUUCUUUUUUUCAGUUGGAUGUAUCAAGUAUAAAAAUGAGAACAUUCACUCACUUAAUGUAUUUCUUGAAAGGGCAAGAAUAAAUGAUUUGGGGCUACUAGAGAUACGUUCUGUGUUAGGAAACCCUCGAGAAGAGGCAAAUAAGCAUGCUCUCUUGCCAGUAGAAAGGGUCCAGGGUCAUAUCCUAUUCAUUGUCGGAGAGAAGGACUGCAACAUAAAUAGCAAAGCUUAUGCUGAGCAAGCAAUGGAGCAGCUGAGGAGACAUGGAAAAAGCAAUGGCACCCUACUUUCCUAUCCAGGAGCUGGGCACCUGAUAGAGCCUCCCUAUUCCCCCUUGUGUUUGGCCUCACGGAACCCCUCUAUCCUGAGGCCUGUUUUGUGGGGUGGUGAAACCAUCCCUCACGCUGAAGCCCAAGAACAUUCCUGGAAAGAGAUUCUAAAGUUCCUCAGAUGUCACCUCAGCCCAGCCAGCAGCAACAAACUGUGAGGGGAUGGAUGGCCCCCAGAGGUUUGGCAGCCUGGCGAAGCUGCAGUGUUCUACAACGCAUACAAUGAAAUAUACAGGGUUACAAAGGAAAUUAAUGCUAUGGAAAUAAAGGUUGUUUUUUUCCCCCAUCCAAAUUCACGGUCCCCCUCAUUUGGCAAAUGAGGAAAUGGAGUCCAAGAGAGGGAAAGUGACUAGCCUGCCCUAAAUGAGUCUGUGGUGAACUAGUAGUGAACUAGAUAUCCAGAUUUGACUAAAUAUUCAUACCCUUCUUAUUGGAGCACCUUCCGAGUCUAGGUACUGAAAUCAAACUUAAAAACCUCAGACUCAAGGCCAGUUAUGCUGGAUUAGUAGAAUGUAAACUCCAUGAUUACAGAGAUUCUUUUUCAUUUUUGUCUUUGUACCUAUACUAUAGAUUUAUCACAAUGCCUCAAGGGCAUGUAGUAGUAGCUGAUUGAUAAAUCUUGAAUUAGAUUGAAGGAGGUAGUGUGGUAC